AUGGACAAAGUGACAAGCAAAGAGCUACACGAUACAAAACAACAGCAGAUAGAUGUGACAAGGCCCCUUCAGGAAGAUCUCCAGACCAAAAAAAGACAAGUACAACAACUACUUCAAGAACUUGAAGAGAAACAAGAAACUGAAGCUAUGCUCAAAAGUGAAAAUGAAAGUAAAGAAAGAUUACUUGAACAACUGCUACAAGAGCAGGAAGGGAGGGAACAACAACAGCUACAGGAUAGUCAAGAAAGAGACAGGAUGCUUCACCAAGAGCUCCAGCAGUUGACUGUUGCUCUUCAACAAACACAGAAAGCUAAUGCCACACUUCAACAACAAGUUCAACAUUUACAAGAUCAGUCUCAUUGGAUUUUGAUAUUGAAGGGAGUUCAACAUCCUAAUAUUGUGAUACUUGAGGAGAUAAUUCAUCAAGAUUCCCAGUCCUAUCUUGUUUUUGAAUUCAUGAGUAUGGAUUUAAAGAAAUAUCUUGAUACUAUUCCAUCUGGACAGUAUAUUGAUCCAGUAUUAUUAAAGGUAGUAACACUGUGGUACAAGGCCCCUGAAGUCUUACUUGGUUCAGCACGAUAUUCUUGUCCCAUUGAUGUAUGGAGUAUAGCUUGUGUAUUUGCUGAAAUGUCUAAUAAAAAACCUCUGUUUCAAGGAGACUCUGAAAUUGAUCAACUCUUCCGAAUUUUCAGGGUUUUGGGUACACCUAAUGAUACAACAUAGCCUAAUGUAACUGAACUACCAAAUUUUAAACCAAAUUUCCCUAAAUGGAUUGGAAAGACAAAAACAAGUUUCUCCUCGCUUGAUGCAGCAGGUUGUGACCUGUUAAUGCAAAUGUUGGUUUAUAAUCCUGGGAAGAGAAUGGCAGCAAAGACUCCUAUACAACAUCCUUAUUUCAGUGAUUUAGACAAGUCAGGUCUACCUGAUACAAGGAAAGAAGGCUUGAAGGAAGACAGAAGAGACCAGGCAGGAGAGCGACUCAUCUUUUACAUCCAGAGAACGUCAGAGAGGAACAGUCAAGAGCAUCAGAGAAGAACCGUCAUGAGAACAUCAGAGAAGAACAGUCAAGAACAUCAGAAGAUACAGCGAAGAACAGUCAAGAACAUCAUCAGAAGACAUCAACAAAGAACAGUCAAGAUCAACAGAGAACACCAGAGAAGAACAGUUGAGUCCUCUUGUAACGAUGACCAGUGGACUGUAGGAGAUGUAAUAACUAACCUGACAUCUACUGAAAAAUAUCAACUUAAGCUACAACAGAGAAGAGACAUGGACAACCUCAACUUACUGUCCAAUCUCCUACACAUCUUCAACCUUCAUCUUCAUCACGUCAAGAAUUACAAGAGAAAGAUAGAGAAAUUCAACAUUUAA